AUGAUAGUCAGUACUUGGAAUAUUAGAGGGCUGAAUAAGCCCUUUAAACAGAAGGAGUUGGUGCUCUUUCUGAAGAAGUACAAGGUAGAGGUAAUGGGACUAGUUGAGACAAGGGUGAAAGAGAAUAAGGCAAAAAGAAUAGCCCAGAAGAUAGCUAAGGACUGGAAGGUACAGUAUAACUAUAACUGUGCAUAUAAUGGGAGAAUUUGGUUAUUGUGGAAGCCUCAUAUCCACAUUCAGAUUCUUAUGGUAGAUGCACAGUUUGUUCAUUGUGAAGUGGAAGAACAAAUUAGUCAGAAGAAAUGGCUUUUCACUGUUGUAUAUGCUUAUAAUGAAUUGAACACAAGGUGGCAGUUAUGGAAGAAGCUUAUUGGUAUAGGUUCUAAUAUCAUAAGUGACUGGCUAAUUAGUGGUUAUUUUAACAAUGUAUUACUAACAGAUGAUAGAAUUGGUGCUCCCAUAACACUGGCAGAGGUACAAGAAUUUAAGGAGUUCUUGGAUAAAAUGCAGCUCACUCCCUUGAAAAGCACAGGAUGUUGGAUGAUGAACAAUGGGCACAUUGAAGCAGAAAAUUUGAACCCUGGUGUAUCUGAUCAUUCUCCUAUACUAAUGAAUUGCCAGACUGGUAUAAUUCAACAACACUUGUAUCCUAGACCAUUUAGACUGUACCAUAUUGUCCUUCGCCAUCCUGAAUUUACAAGGAUAGUGAAAGAAGUAUGGAUGCAGAAUGAUAGAGAUAUUGGGAAGGCAAGGACAUGGUAUAAGCUCAAAAGACUAAAGGAGUCAUUGAGAAGCCUGAACAACUAUAUGGAAUCUUAUCAGAGAAAACCGAAUCAAGCAAAGCAGAAGUUAGAACUGGUUCAGCAUCAACUGUUUCUGCAGCCUUUAAGGCAAGAAUGCAUAGAACAAGAAAAGGAAGCUUUGUUAGAAGUGGAGAAAUGGAUUGACAUUGAGGAGCAGGUGUUGAGGCAGAAGUCUAGAGCUACUUGGAUUCAACAUGGAGAUGGAAAUACAAAGUACUUCCAUGCUCAAUGGAAGAUGCGUACUAAUACAAAUGCAAUUGUUUUUAUUCAAAAUGAUGCAGGUAUUAAAUUAACAGAUCCUAAGCAGAUGGAGGAGAAAUUUCUGGACUUCUUUAAGAAAUUGAUGGGUGAGUCAUCACCAUUGCACCCUUGUCCAGAUGCUGAGGUGAUUAAAAAGGGACCUUGUCUAACAAGGCAACAACAACUGGAGCUGAUCAAGGCAGUCACAGAGGAGGAGAUUAUAUGA